UUUUGAUUAUGGCACUUAAAAUUUUCAAUUGUCCCGAUUUUUCCAUACUAUGUGGAAUUUUGUUUUUGCGCUUAAUAAGCGUUGUUAUUGUUCGGUCGUCAUUUGUUCCUGAUGAAUACUGGCAGUCUUUGGAAGUAGCUCAUAAAACAGCAUUUGGCUAUGGACAUUUGACAUGGGAAUGGCAGAAGAAAAUACGGAGUUAUGUCUAUCCAUCCAUAAUUUAUAUUCUGUAUAGAAUAUUUCCUGAAUCAGUCGGAACAAUUGUUUUCUUACCAAAGAUUUUUCAGGCAGUUUUAUCCUCCAUUGGUGAUUUCUUUACAUACAAACUUUCUUGCAAACUGUUUGGAUCAAAAUGUGGCUAUUGGACUUUGUUUAAUCUUUUGACUAGUUGGUUUUUAUUUUAUUGUUCUUCAAGGACUUUAACAAAUAUGGCUGAAACAUCCUUUACAUCAUGUGGCUUAUAUUUCUAUCCAUGGAAUACAGGAAAGCAUAAAGGGUUGACAUGUAGUUACCUGUGGUUUGCUGGUGUUAGUUGUUUAAUUCGACCUACAGCAGCUAUUUUGUGGCUUCCUUUAUAUUUAUACCAUUUAUGGAGGGAGAAAGACUGUAUCUGUAUGCUUGGAAAAACUCUUUUUAUUGGGUGUAUUAUUUUAUCUAUCUUAUUAUGCUGUGAUCGAUACUUUUAUGGAGAAUGGGUGCUUACUCCAUAUAACUUUUUCUUGUUUAACUGGAGCAAUGAUAUAGGAGCAUUUUAUGGUCAGCAUAACUUCCUGUGGUACUUUUUCAGUGGUUUCCCUGUUGUUUUAGGAAUACAUUUGCUACCUUUUUUGAUGGGCUUUUCAUUGCCAUAUCUUAGGCACUUUUAUUUAUUAAUAUUUUGGAUGAUCUUAGUUCUUAGUUUACUUAGCCACAAGGAAUUUCGUUUUUUGUUGCCUAUUCUACCACUUUCAUUGGUUAUCUGCAGUGCUGUGAUGAGUGAAAUUUCAUCUAAAAGAUUAUCACUUUUCAAAUUGAAAAUAAAUAGCAGCAUAAAUAUUUGUUUAGUUUGGGCAAUUAUUUUAAUAAACAUUCCAUUAUCUCUCUACAUGGGUCUAAUUCAUCAAAGUGGAACCAUAAAGUCAACUUUACAAUUAUCUCAUAUCUUAAAGAAGAAUUCAAAUGUACUCUUUCUAAUGCCAUGCCAUUCUACUCCAUAUUAUAGCUAUAUUCACCAGAAUGUCAGUAUGAAAUUUCUCUCUUGUGAACCAAAUUUUAACAAUGUUGACGAUUAUAUGGAGGAAGCUGACAUCUUUUUUGACAAUCCAGAAUUUUGGCUUUUUCAGAAUUAUGAGAAGAAUGAUAUACUAAUUAUACCAUCUCAUAUUGUUAUGUUUGAUACAUUAUUUCCUCAGAUUUCUAGAUUUCUUGAUAAGUAUAACUAUAGUCUUUGUUAUCAAACAUUUCAUUCACAUUUUCCAGAAUCAAAAACUGGACAAUAUGUUCUUAUAUAUUGUAGAUAAUAAUAAAUAUGAAUUUUUAAAAUAAAAUAUUUGAUAUUUUACAUAAAUAAAUAGCUCAGAGUAUUUCUUAAACCAUCUAUAUAUUUCAUGUGCAUUAAAAAAAUGACUAAAAUUAUUUUUUUAGUGAUGGUUGAUGUAUUGGUUUUACUUAUUUAGUUUAUUAUUGGGAUUAGUUAUUUUUAAUAGAAAUAAUUAAUGGCAAAUUGAUUUUUCAUUGAUUGUUAAAAUUUUGAUUUCAAUUAUUUGUGCAUUUAGUAAUCUUGAGGUGUUACUUCAAAUCUAAAUUAUUAAUUUACAAUAAGAAUGAUAAAAAAAAAAAAUGAAAUAUGCAAAAUUUGUUGAAACUCAUUUGUAGUUGGUAGAAUUUAUUUUAGCUGAGAUAAUUUCUAAGAUAUAAUAUAUGUCAGAAGAACUAGUAUCUAAUAUUUCUGUUUUUAUAAUGUCACAGAACCUGGGUCAUUAUGCACACAUCCUGUUUUUAAACAUAUUUUUAUAUAUGAAAGACUUAUAUUAUUUAAUUAAAGUCGAUUAUGAAAUAUUCUUUUAAUUUGCAUUGAAGUUUUGGGGCAUUGUUUUCAUAGAACUCCUUUCUACUUUCAAAGCAAUGACUUAUGCAGUUUUUUUUAUUUCUCUCUUGUAUUUAUUAUUUGUAUGUAUUGCAUGAUAUUUAAUAAUUAACUGAUAAAGUAACAGCAGUUAUAUUAUUAGUUAAUAUAUUAACUAAUAAAACAGUUAAUGGUGAUUAUAUGAUAGAAACGUAAAUAACUUGUU